AAAGUGAUUUAUUCAUUUAUUUCAAAUCAGACACAAUUGAAAAUUAUAGUGUCCGAUCUGAAAGAAAAAAGAAAAAAGAAAAACAUUUUUGAUAAAUUUAGAAAACAAUUCUUAGGUAAAUAUUUAGAACAUAAAAUUGUUCUAUAAUGAUACACAUUCAGUGCUAUUUUAUACUGAAUAUACGCUUCUUUUUAGGUAUUUUUAUCCUUGUAAUAAUAUAUGUAAAUUUUAACACACUUUUUUUAAAAAUAUAUUUCUUACACACAAGACCUAAAUUUUUUUAUGAUUUGAACAUGAAACAAAUAAUUAAGAAAAGAUCGUAAAUUCCAAAAAAGACAGUGAAUAAUUUAAUCAAAAUAUAUGAGAACCUUCCAUUGCACAAACGUUUGCAAAUACAGUGAAAACAUAACAUCAACAAUCAAAAUUGUAUCAAACAUAAAUUCAAAGAAAAGUGAAAAGUGUCUAUUUUGAAUUUCCAUGCCUCAUUUUCAAAUGCACUGUAUGGAAUCAACACACAGGCAUAUUAUUAUACAAAAGAAAAACAUUAUUCUUUAGAAAUUUGCAUGAUAAAAACAUGGUGGCACCAGGAGUAUUUUCAAAUGACCAUAGAAGGCCCCAUUCUGUCAUGGAGGUGUCCAAUUGCAAUCCAAGUGGACAACAAAGACCCAGAUCUGCGAUGGAAGUGUCUUAUUGCAAUGGAAAUGGACAAAGAGAAUGUCCUCAAAGGCCACCAGAAAAGCCUCGACCUUCUACGGCACAUUCAAUGUGUCCCACUUCGGCUGAUAAGGAAGCCUUACUUGAUGAGUUGCAAACCCUAAAAAAUGCUUUUAUGGAUCAAGAGUACCACAUGAAACUUCAUAUUCAACAUGCUCUAGAGAUUGAAAAAGAAAACAAGAAUCUUGAAAAUAGUGUUGAAAGUCUUGAAUUAGCAUUUGGAUUAGAAGCUCCUCGGAUGGGAGGGGAGUUCAGAUUGAUUGCAAAACUUUUAGGUUUGAAAGCACGUUUGCGUGAGAAACAAAUCAUAUGUAAUAGUCAAGAAGUUGAAAUUGGUUUACUUCGUAAAGACAUACGUGUGACUCAUUGCCGAGAACUUGAGAUUGAACGCGAUUUCUUUGCAAAAGAAGUUGGCACAUUACAAAAAAUCACAACAGGACUUCGGCGUAUAUUUGCCAAAGUCAGCAACGGAAACAAAGAAAUCAGAAAAUUACGUGAAAGGAUCAAGAUAUUGAAAAGUUCACACGAAGAAACAAAGCAAAAAAUAAACACUAGGAAGGAAAAUAUCCAGCAAGCGAAAACAGAGAUCGAGGAAUGGAACAAAGUGAGCUCGGAAUCGAAAUCAGCCGUGAAGAGUGUGGCAUCGAAGCUCGCGGAGCUUCAGAGCCACUCCGAGGUGCUUACAAAACUGAAGCACCAGGUCGAUUGCGAGACGAAGAGUUUUGAGCACCAGAUUGCGAAGGCACAGGAUGAGACUCGGUACAUCGCCCGGGAGAAGAUUGCAGCUCAGCGAAGAGCCGAAUCUUCUCAACUUGUAGGGACCCCCAAUGGAAGGAUCAGUCCAUCAGGGAGAGCCGGAAAGAGAAUGAAGGUGCCCGAUCGGCCCAGUUCGCCGAACGCAGAUGCAAUGGCGAAGCUGGAGCGGGAGUUUCUGCAGCAAGUCCAAUCUGCCGCUGGUGAGUUCGUUGACACGGCUCCUGCAUCUCAACCCCCGUCGCCUCGAAACGAGGAUCAGCUCCAAGAACAACAUCUCACCUUCGAGGCCCAACGAGAGUUUUUCACGAACAAAGUCGACGACGCCGAGACCCGGUUUCGGCAGGCUAUGGAGGAGAUUGAGUAUGGGAAACCGAGAUCGACACUGAGUGCACACGCUGAGGCGGCGAGGAAACUAGCCGCAGCGGAAGCCGCGCGACUGAAGGCUGAAGCUCUGGCGAUAGAAGCACAGGAACAGGCGAGGAGGUUGGAGCAUCAAGCGAAGAGAAUUCAAGAGCAAGCUAUGGAGCAGGAGACGAGGUUGCUUGAUCAAACGAAGGGAUUGCAGGCCGAAUUGGACCGACUGAGGGCCAUGGGAUCAGGCGACAAGAGGUGGAAAAGCGAGAAGGUGACCAUCAUGGUGGGAGAGCUAGUUCUCCCGGUAAAAGACUACAACGUCCAAGUUAAAGACCACGGCGUAGAGAUCGACGUCGACGUAGACAUCCACCACACUACUGCAUUCGGCAACGCCGACACCGCUCAACUAGCGGCUCUGAGGGACGAAAGAGCAUCCGCGGAAGCUGAGGCGAGACGUCUAGACAGUCAACUAGAGCGGACACUGGAGGAGCGGGACAGACUAGCCAUGGAACUCGCUGCGCUGCAAGGCAUGAGCACGAAAAGCAAGCGAUGGGAAUCCGAGGUAGUAUCAGUGGUUGUGGGAGGCAAGGCGCUUCCGCCAUUGGGAUAUCAGCUCAAAGUUCGAGACGAAGGCUCCCAGCUCGUGAUCGACGUACAAAUCCCCAACGUCAGCGACGCAAGAAGCGCGGCACCGGUGGACGAAGUCACAACGAGCGCGAGCAAUGCUUCAGAUCAGCGAGCUCCUCUGCUAGACGAUCAAUCGAAGCAAGCCAUCAACGCCAACAUCCAGGAUGUGUUGCAGUAUCUAGAAAACAUAUCCGACGUAGUUUCAUCGCAUUCUUCUCCUUCUGGGCCCAGUUCCAGCAACGGCGAUGGUACUGGCAACAGCUGAAGCGCAAGCUCAUCGCCAAAGCUCUGCAUGGUUUGCAUGGGAUUGGUGUAGCGUAAACAUGCUUUUGCUUAUAGGAUUCCCAGGUACUUUUGCCCAUUUUGCUUUCUUGCUUUUAGGGUUUGGGUUUGUGGGUUGCUCUUGCCAAGCUGCAUCCUGUUGCUUUGGAGUUGCGUUGCGUGGUGAAUCGAUAGAGCGUUGGGUUUGCUUUUGUUGGCCAUGGUUUUGAUGCUCAAAGAAGUAUAGCUAUGUGGGGUUUUUGAGUGGUAGAAGAGGCUUAUGUUGAUACUAUGCUUAAGUGUUUAAUGCUCUUGGGUUUACCUGUUUGUGGUUUUUCUUAUAAGGAAUUGGGUCUUGCUUUUUCUAGCUCAAACAUCAAGUGUAUCUACAAAUGAAGUUUUUUUUUAACUUUAUCAACUUUUGAUGAAUAAUGUGUGUGUGUGUGUGGUAAUGCAUAUUAGAUAUCAGAGGUCAGUUUAAGAUGUUAAUGAUUUAUUUUUAAGGUUUAAUUAGAUUAAUAUGUUGAAUGAAUUUGAACUAACUAGAUAUGAUUUUAGCCACAUUGGAUACUAAAAAAAUUAUCCAAACUUGA